CAGAAAGAACAGUCAAAAUGCAGGCAGGGCACAGGACAAAGCAUAUGUAAUAAUCAUUUAAAAAAAAAUGAAAUUUUUUAAAAAUUUCAAAUUUGCCGCCGGUUCCGGCGCCCGUACGUCCCGACGUCACAGGGACCAGAACACGGAAGCCGGCAUCGGCCGGAGAAGAUGGCCGGGGACGCUGCAGGGGACACAUUGUGGGAGCGAAGGACAAGGUAAGUGCUGCAGGGACUCCCUGAGGAACGCCGCAUGGUAAGCCCGAGUGUAGCUCGGGGUUACUGCUCUUGGUA